AUGACCCCGGCCAAUGAGCCCUUCAGGCUGAGAGAGCCUCCUCCACCUCAAGGUUCUCUCACUCUGGAACCUCCGGAACGCGGCCUGGUUACAGGAGCUCCCGACUCCCCGCAGCAUCACUGCCGCCGGCCGUGCCGGCCCCGAGCCGCCCGCGCGGUACUCACCUGGGUCGCGGUGCCCGGGAGAAGGGCAGCCUGCGCCAGACUUGAAGCCGGAUGUGACUCUGCCCGCGCCCGACGCGACCUCAGGGCCGCGGAGGUCGGCGGAGUUGCUGCGCUGGGUCUAGCGGGAGAAGAAGGAAAACAAGACGGGCCGGGGAGGCGCGCAGAGGAGAGCUCUCUGCCCGCUGGAAGGCGCGGGACGCGAGGCGGCCGGGGUGAGCAGCCGCGCUGGAACCGAGCUGGGGACCCGCGCCGCCCCUCGCUCGCAGCCGCCCGAGACCCGCGGGAAUCCCGGCCCGCCGGCAGCGGCACUGCGGAGAGAGGAGCGCGGGGCGGAGCUGCUUCUCGGAGCCCGAGCGCCUCCCGGAGCCCGCCAUCCUCGCCGCCGCCUCCGGCCGCCCCUGCAGAAGACGGGCGGGAAUUCAGCUCGCGUGGAGUGUGGGACCCGCCGGGCUCGGAGUCUCCAGCGCGGGGGAAAAGCGGGGCCCACGCAGCCAGGAUGAGCGGGGGAGUCGUCCCUGUGCCACCCCCGCGCCACUCCCCACCUGGGGGCACGGGACCGCUUAUGCACCCGGACGCCGCGGCGGCAGCAGCGGCGGCGGCGGCCGCCGAGCGGUUGCACGCGGGGGCCGCGUACCGCGAAGUGCAGAAGCUGAUGCACCACGAGUGGCUGGGCGCGGGCGCGGGCCACCCCGUGGGCCUAGCGCACCCCCAGUGGCUACCCACGGGAGGCGGCGGAGGCGGCGACUGGGCCGGCGGCCCGCACCUGGAACACGGCAAGGCGGGCGGCGGCGGUGCGGGGCCGGGCCUGCACCACGCGCUGCACGAGGACGGCCACGAGGCGCAGCUGGAGCCGUCGCCUCCGCCGCACCUGGGUGCCCACGGACACGCACACGGACAUGCACACGCGGGCGGCCUGCACGCGGCGGCGGCGCACCUGCACCCGGGCGCGGGCGGCGGUGGCUCGUCGGUGGGCGAGCACUCGGAUGAGGACGCGCCCAGCUCGGACGACCUGGAGCAGUUCGCCAAGCAGUUCAAGCAGCGGCGCAUCAAGCUGGGCUUCACGCAGGCCGACGUGGGGCUGGCGCUGGGCACGCUGUAUGGUAAUGUGUUCUCGCAGACCACCAUCUGCCGCUUCGAGGCCCUGCAGCUCAGCUUCAAGAACAUGUGCAAGCUCAAGCCGCUGCUCAACAAGUGGCUGGAGGAGACCGACUCGUCCAGCGGCAGCCCCACCAACCUGGACAAGAUCGCAGCACAGGGCCGCAAGCGCAAGAAGCGAACGUCCAUCGAGGUGGGAGUCAAAGGCGCGCUCGAGAGCCACUUUCUCAAGUGCCCCAAGCCCUCGGCGCACGAGAUCACGGGCCUGGCCGACAGCUUGCAGCUGGAGAAGGAGGUGGUGCGCGUCUGGUUCUGCAACCGGCGGCAGAAGGAGAAGCGCAUGACCCCGGCGGCCGGAGCCGGCCACCCGCCCAUGGACGACGUUUACGCACCCGGCGAGCUGGGGCCGGGCGGGGGCGGUGCGUCACCGCCCUCGGCGCCCCCGCCGCCCCCCCCGGCCGCGCUGCACCACCACCACCACCACACACUGCCCGGCUCGGUGCAGUGACCCCCGCGGGCCGGGCCCCCGCCGGCGCGCGGCGAGGCGCCGCGCGGCCUGAACUCUUUUUGUUCGGUUGCUUUGGAUUUUACAAACAGCCCAGAAACUUUCGAACAAAACCAAACACCCGGACGACCCUCUCCGGCGAGCGGCGAAGACGGCCGAUAGGGCUGCGUCGCCCGAGCCCCAGGAGAGAGGAGCGAAGAUCCGGACCGCGCCAACUCACCCCGGGUAUCUUGCCCGCCGCCUGCUCCCUGCCCUCAUCCCCUCGACGACCCCCGCCCCUGCCCCCCGGGCUGUUCGGGGCCGGAUCCCGGCAGCGGCCUCCCCACAGCGACAGGUAACGCGGUACGGGGUUAGGGAUUCCCCGGGAGAGAGGACGAAGAGAGGAGAGUUCCCAUCCCUCUCCCCGGCGCGGAUGCCCAAGCCUGGGGGUCGAGGUUGGGGGACUGUCACUUUAUUCGCUCCACGCCUCUUCUCUCCCAUAAGGAUGCGCCCCAUCCCCCUUACCCUUUCUCCGGGCUUGGUUUUUUACGGUUUUUAUUUAUUCAUGGAGCCUCUCGGUUCCUGGGGUCCUUCUAACUCCGCCCGCGCCCUUAAUUUAAAUCGCUGUAUACUGUAUUUAUCGGGGGCCCCGGCGGGGAGGCCGCGAGAGCCGCGUCUGUGUAUAAAGCAGGAAAUAGCCAAAGCUUUAAUCUAGCCUAAUUUAUUUUUUCCCUUUACCUUCCCCUACCCUACCCCAAAAAAGCAAAACAAAAAAACAAAAAAAAAUUCGAGUGUUCAUUUUUCGUUUCGUUUUAUCCGAGCUCCAGCUCGGUUCCUGGCCACACCGGAGGGGUCUGCACUCCCACCCUCACCCCGAUGGGAAGGGGCUUCUGCCCCGCUGCAGACUGACCACCGCACAGCAGGGACCCCGCUCCCCGCGGGGCCCUGCCUCCCUGGCCACAAACAAACGAAACUU